GGCUGGCAGGGCUGGCAGGGCGCGGCGGGGCAGGCCGGCCGACGCCGCUGUUCCUCGCGGCGGCCCCGGGGAGAGGCGGAGCCGAGGCCCUCCGGAUGGAGAAAAGUCAGUUUCCUGCAUCUGCUGAACCUCAAAAACCCAGGCAGAAAAAAGCUCCAGAGCUUCCUAUUUUGGAGAGGCAGAACUGGCUGAUUCAUCUGCACUAUAUCCGGAAGGAUUAUGAAGCCUGUAAGGCUGUUAUCAAAGAACAGCUUCAGGAGACUCAGGGGUUGUGUGAAUAUGCUCUCUAUGUCCAAGCAUUGAUAUUUCGCCUGGAAGGAAAUAUCCAAGAAUCCUUAGAACUCUUCCAGAAGUGUGCUAUUCUCAGCCCUCAGUGUGUUGAUAAUCUCAAGCAGGUGGCCAGAUCUUUAUUUCUCUUGGGAAAACAUAAAGCUGCCACUGAAGUCUAUAAUGAAGCUGCUAAACUUAACCAGAAAGAUUGGGAGAUCUGCCAUAACCUAGGGGUCUGCUACAUUUAUCUGAAACAGUUCAACAAGGUAAUGUUCUCACCAGAAAACACAGAACUACUCACAACUUUAGGACUGCUGUACUUGCAGCUUGGCGUUUACCAGAAGGCAUUUGAACAUCUUGGAAAUGCACUGACUUAUGACCCUGCCAACUACAAGGCCAUCUUGGCAGCAGGCAGCAUGAUGCAGACCCACGGGGACUUUGACGUUGCCCUCACUAAAUACAGAGUUGCUGCUUGUGCUGUUCCAGAAAGUCCUCCACUUUGGAAUAACAUCGGAAUGUGUUUCUUUGGCAAGAAGAAAUACGUGGCAGCUAUCAGCUGCCUGAAACGAGCCAACUACUUGGCACCCUUCGACUGGAAGAUUCUGUACAACUUGGGCCUUGUCCAUUUGACCAUGCAGCAGUACGCGUCAGCGUUCCACUUCCUCAGCGCAGCCAUCAGCUUCCAGCCAAAGAUGGGGGAGCUCUACAUGCUUCUGGCUGUGGCCCUGACCAAUCUGGAAGAUACAGAGAAUGCCAAGAGAGCCUAUGCAGAAGCCGUCCGCCUGGAUAAGUGUAACCCUUUAGUAAACUUGAACUAUGCUGUACUGCUGUACAACCAGGGUGAAAAGAAGGAUGCCCUGGCCCAGUAUCAGGAGAUGGAGAAGAAGGUCAACUUUCUCAAGGACAAUAGCACUGUGGAGUUUGACUCCGAGAUGGUAGAGAUGGCUCAGAAGUUGGGAGCUGCUCUCCAGGUUGGGGAGGCACUGGUCUGGACUAAACCAGUUAAAGAUCCUAAAUCAAAGCACCGGAGUGCGUCAGCCAGCAAACCCGCCUCUCUCCAGCAGCCUCUGGGCUCUAAUGAAGCUCUAGGACAGGCAAUGUCUUCAGCAGCUGCCUACAGAAAAUUCUCUUCAGGUACCGGAGGAACAUCCCAGCUCACAAAGCCACCAUCCCUCCCUCUGGAGCCAGAGCCCACUGUGGAAGCAAGUCCAACUGAAAUAUCAAGAGAAAAAUAGGAACAACUAAGAGAAAAAUGGCCAAAAUAGGAUGACCCUAGAGUAGGGCGCUCUUGGGCAAGGCCUUUGUACCAGAUUGAGGAAGGUCACGUGAACAGGCAAAGCAAGGCCAGCCCUGUUCCUAGAUUAAGCACCACAGAAUUAAAACAACUUGGGAUGUGUGGUGACAAUCAUGAGGAGCCUAAGACUUAUGCAGCCCUCUGCUGGCCCCACUGUUCAGAAAUAGGGAGAAGGUAGUCUAGACAGGUCCCUUUAAGAAUUGGGAACAGGGCUUGAGUCACUGUGCACAUAGCUCCAAGAGUCAGCAAGGCACAUGGGGCAAAGGCCUUCACUAAUUAAUAAAGGACUUUCAUUUCCCGGCUGACUGAGCCCUUCCUUUGUGCAAGGAAAGACAGACAUGCUCAGAAGCCUCAGUGGUGACAAAGCCCUGACUUGCUGGAAUGAUGUGGUACAUCAGUCCCCAUGGCAAACAUAAACCUUGGAUUCAUAUCCAGUUAAACAAUCUAAAAGAAAAAAAUCAUGAAAAGAGCUCAAAGUCAAGGCCCAAACUGGGAAGUAGCCCAGCCGCAUUUGCCCAAGAGGAAUCUAGAACAAAUCCCUGUAUUUUGUUCUUACGCGAGGUCAGAGUCUAGAGCCUUAUCAUGUCAGUAGGAGCCAAGGGCUGGUCUGGUAUCAGCACCAAGGAUCUAAAGAGGAAAAAAAGGAAAAGCUGCUUAGCCAACGAAUUUUAAUGUAAGACAAUCAAUGAAAAUCACUGACCACAUGUCAUCAAUACAUUGUAUGUCCUUUUAAAGAUUAUGUAUCAUUCUUUUGGGGAAAA